AUGCACGAAGAGGUGCAAAAGAUUCCGGUCGAUCUGAUAAAAAAAUUGGAUCGCCUGGUGGCAUAUACCUGGGACGAGUCGAGGCAAUUUCGCUCAAGCUAUGGCGUACGGCAUGUUUUCGGUACCAAGUACCCUGACCGUAGCAUUCGUCCGGAUAAUGCGCAGACCACUCGCCUCCGAAGUGCCUCUUCUGCCAACGAUUUGAGCGCCUCGGCCCCAUGUGGUCCUGGCAGUGACAGCAGCGUCGGGACCGAGGGCAGAGGGUCGGAGAGAAAGAUCGAAGUGGUGGCGCAAAUUGGUGAGAAUCUGGUGUCGGAAGAAAAGAUACACGAGGCCUAUCAGAUGCUGGCAUCCGCCACUGCUUCCCACCACAAAUAUUUCCUGCGGCCCGUAGAGAUGCAGCGCUUACCCAGCCUCGAUGAGGACCACGAACCAUCGCUCCUAGUCUGCAUUUACGAAAGCCCCGGUCCCAACGAUCUCCUGCGCUUCGUCGAUUGCGGCGCAACGUGGUAUCAUAUGCGAUGCGAAGGAGACCAGAGUGAUGAGGUGGGCUUGCACCGAUCCGAUCGGAGCGAGCUCAUGCCAUUACAAUUAUUUCUGGAUUUUGCCAUCGGCGCGGCGGAGUGCAUUGAAUUGCUGCAUAGCCAGCGGGUUGUUCAUGGCCAGAUCCGGGGGGAUACAUUUCACUUCAGCCAAGAGACCGGUCGGGUAAGAUUGAUCCAUCUCGGUUUGGGCCUCCAGUUCCAUGAUACCGGACGGCUGAGCGGCGGCUGGCCUGCCCUGGCGAACCAGAAAGGUGCCACGACGAACAUCUCCUAUAUGAGCCCCGAACACACCGGCCAAGCGCCGAUCCAGCUGGACAAUCGGGCCGAUAUAUACUCCCUCGGCGUCCUGCUAUGGAGCGCUCUAGUCAACGAGACCCCGUUUGGUGGUAAGACUCCCAUGGAAAUCAUCAGGGAGGUUCUUGGACAGGAGCUCCCGUCGAUUUCGACCUUGCGACCCGACGUGCCGAACACAAUUGCACGGAUUAUCGCCAAGGCGGCGGCAAAGAAUGUCUCGGAGCGGUACAAUUCUGUUGGCGGUCUGCGACAUGAUCUCGUGGAAGUACGGAGGUUGUUGGCAGCCGGAGAUAUGGCUGAAGUGGAAGCUUGGGAGAUCGCCAGCAAGGAUGUUUCCCCGUUCUUUACGCUCCCACGCACGAUGGUGGGCCGGACGACCGAGCGGGAUGCCAUCGUCGAGGUCCUGGAUCGUACGUUCCGAAUGUACCAGGAUGGCAAAGGACUUCACCUAUUGUCACUGCCGGAGGACCAAACUGCAAGGUUCGCCGUUCCUUCCCCACCAGGCGCUAGCCUGGAGGAAGAGGAAGCCCGUGACCUGGCCGAUGGAUUUUUUAGCCUGCCGGGGUCCACCAACAUGACCUCCGCUGGUAUUGCUCAAUCGUAUCCAGCUAAUGUGAGCCGCGUGCGAUCCCCUGGAGGCUCUCAGUACAGCUCGAAUGAGGGCAGCGAGUCCGGCCGCGUGGACUUAGACAAGAAGGGGGCAGAGAAGCGAUCGUCGACUCUGUCGUUCGACAGCACCAGCGGCGGGGGAAGCUCCCGAUCUAGUGAGAAUGCUAGGAGGACAGCUGCGCAUCGCGCGAUGGUGCCGAAAGGACGAUGUGAGAUUAUCAGCGUUGAGGGAGGGGCCGGUUUGGGCAAGUCUCGACUCAUCUCGUCGGUACAGAUUGCAGCCCGACGAAGAGGCUUCUUUGCCAGCUCCCGGUUUGAUAUCGCAGUCAAAGAACGUCAACGUCCGAUUUUGAAUCUAUUUUCCAGUCUAUUCGAGCAGGCCUUUUCAGAAAAUACAAUUGAACCUAGUUUUCUGCCAAUGCUACGAAAUCACAUUCGGCCUGUCUGGGACACUCUGCACAAGAUUCUAGGCCUUCCAAAAUUCCUCCUCGGAUCAGGCCCCAAUUUUCCAGAACAGGUGCCGCAUAAUGCUGCUCGUUCGACCAUGUCAUUACCCUAUCGGCAUCCUUCCGAGAAUACUGGAACGGAGAGUUCCCAGAAAUUUCUUCGAGCCGGAUCCUCGACCAAGUCUUUGCCUCUUGUGCGGACGUUGCUGGAUAUCCUGCGAGCCUUCACGCAAUACAAGUUAGUGUAUCUCUGCCUGGAUGAUGUCCAUUUGGCAGACGAAGAAUCGUUGGAAAUUAUUGCCCAGAUCGUCUCGGCUAGGAUAGAAAUGGUGGUGAUCUUGGCCUACCGACCGGAAAAUGCUUCAUCGGAAAUGAUGACGAAGAUCCUUCGCCUCUCUACCAAUAAAGAACUUCGGAAGGGAAGAGAUGUAGGUAUUACCAAUAUCACACUCUCUCCACUCAGUGAAGACAGCGUGUUGCAGUAUUUAGCAAGCACCUUGUGUUUGCCCGUCCCUGUUCUCUUGCCUCUGGGGGCGCUCUUUCAAUCUAGGACGAGUGGAAACCCAUUUUACGUCCGUGAAAUGUUGAACGAAUGCUAUGAACAUGAAUUCAUCUGCUAUGACUACCACAAAAUGAUGUGGUCUUUCGACCUGAGCCGCAUAUCCGAUCAUUUCAAAGCGGAUAACUACAACGACGCCAUAUUCGGUGAUUUCUUAACGAGGCGCUUGAGUAGCUUAACGCCUGUCUCCAAGUCAAUCCUAGCCUGGGCAUCCACUUUAGGCAUGACCUUCUCGUUCCAGUUGGUUCAGAAGCUCCUCAACAGCGAUGAGAUGGUUUCCGAGUCUGGCUUGCCUGAGCGGGAGAUGAUUCAAUGCCUGCAAGCGACCAUUCAAGCCUACGUAAUCGUCCCCACACAAGAUCCUGACGUCUUUUCGUUUACAUAUAACCAUUACAUGCAUAUCGCAGCGUCAUUCCACAUGAGAGACCAUGAUCAUGUGGAUUUUAUUAAAGCACAAGUACUGUUUCGGUAUUACUCCCACGAUGACAGAUAUCGCAACAUGUUGGCAUCGGCCAUUAUCCAAUCAGCACCGAUAAUCAAAGGCUCUGUGGUAAGCAGGAAGCCUCUCAGAAAAUUUUUAUUCGACUAUGCGAAAGCUGCAAGCGAGACCGGCUUCCGCGCGGCCGAUAUCAAAUCUUACUCAAGUUGCAUCCUAUUGCUCCAGGAGGACAUGUGGAACGAUGAUGCCGAGGAUGUUAGCUACGACGAGACGCUGCAGAUACUCACCUCCGCUGCUGAAGCCUACUUGUACCGAGGACAGCAUGCCGAAGCUAGUCUGUUGCUGAACUCUAUGAUAUCUAAUGCUCGAAGCCCAGUAGACAAGGCUCCCUCCUGGAUAUUGCAGUCUCGCCUGCUUGCACAACUGGGUGAUUCGUCUGGUGCUUUCAAUGCGCUGAAAGAAGGUCUCUCAACUCUGAAAGUCACCAUUGAUGACGUCCCAAACUUUUCCAAAUGUGACAAAGAGUUCCGUCGGCUAUGCGAGGCCAUUUCCGCUAUUCAGAUUGACGCCAUUAUCGAGAAGGCUCCCGUUGAGGAUCCAACCUUGGCUGCUGUAGGCGCGGUUCUCGUCGAGGCCACUAGCGCGGCUUUCUGGUCGGACACGCUGACCUUCUACCAAAUGACGCUGGUCAUGGUUGAAACCUAUCUCUCUCGCGGCCCCUUUCCCCAAGCGGGCUUGGGACUAUUGCAGUUGGCCGUGAUAGCGAUCACUCGCGACAACGCACUCACCUUUGCAAGUCAUUGUGCGGAGCUUGCUCUGACUUUAAAUGAACAAUGUAAAGACCCACAUACCAGGGGACGUGGCAUCGCGUUAUACUUGACCUUUAUCGAUCACAUCGAACAUCAUGUCCAGUCCUCAAUCUGUCAGUUGGAAGGGGCUUUGGAUUUCUCCAUCCACGCUGGUGACCGAACCGCGACCAUCUUGAACUACGGGCUACUGGCCACCAUGAAGUUCUUUUCCUCUGACAACCUGGCCGAGCUGGAGAGCUUCUGUAUUUAUAGUUGUCAGGACAUUCCCAACUGGCAAUCAGACACACCUGGCGGUACGAUCCUCAUCACAAUCUGCCAGCUUUGCCGUGCUUUGCAAGGGAAAACAUAUACGCAUGACUCAACAGGGGUGAUGAGCGACGAAGAACACAAUUCGGCCACAUACAAGUAUUGGCUAGUAAGAAACAUCAAGAACAGUGACCGGCCGCUGAUGCUCUAUGAGAGUAUGGAAAUUGCUCCGUUGUUUCUGUACGGUCACUACGAGCGAGCGGUUGUGCUGGGGAAUUCUUGUCUGAAGAAAACAAAUGCUAUAUGGUCCGCACGAAGCACGCGUUUCCUCAUGUUCUUUCAUUCUUUGUCUCUAGCCGGAUGCGUGUGGAUUCGAAAGCAGCAGCAGCUUAAUCCCGCAUAUCGCGCAUGUUCUUGUGAAUUGGCGUCCGAUAUCAAUGGGCGAUCCCUCGAGGCAACUUUCGAGGAGGAGAUGAUCAACCUGGCCAAGAUGUUGAGGUAUUUCAAGCGCAAGAUUGAACAGUGGCAGGUCAUCACGGAUGUGAAUUAUCUGGCAUGGACAAAGAUUCUGGGUGCUCAGAUCGCUGAGAUGGAACAUGACCAAACGGCUGCUUUGCAUCUGUAUCAAGAGGCAAUAGACCACGCUUCGAUGCAUGGAUUUGGUUUCGAGGAGGCAUUAGCCAACCAGCUAUUAGCUGAACAUCUGAUGCGUGAGGGCUCUUCGCGACUGGGUACACUCGCUUUGAAAGAAGCAGUUAGUCUCUACCGGCGAAUGGAGGCCACCGGGGUGGCCAAUCACAUUCUGCGUUUGCAUGGUCUAGAGCAGAAGGCAAAGAGUGUGGUACGAGAAGCCGCUACUCAAACUGAACCAGACGAAAGCGUUUUACAUAUCCGCCCUCAAAUAUUCGAAUCUGGGUACGAUGGAAUUUUGAGCGCAGAAGAGUCCCGGGCAGAGCGUGUUCUACACAUUUCAGAUCUGACCUCCAUCCUUGAACGGUCACAGGUGAUAUCUAGCGUUCUAAGGAUUGAGGAUCUGCUUCGGACAAUGUGCACAAUUAUCAUGGAGAGCUGCCAUGGCGUUGCCACUACUACGGCCAUCAUCACCGAAGAGGACCCGACCAUCGGGUGGGCCGUGGCAGCCAGUGGCGAUGCAGCUGGACGCAUCAAAGUACAUCACACUCCGACGCGGAUUGGAAAAUCCACUCUGGUUGAAGAAAGAAUUGUGAACUACUGUGUGCGCUUUCGCGAAGCAGUGUAUUUGCCGGACGUCAUGCAGGAUCCAAGAUUUAGCCACGUUACCGAAGCGUGGGUGGCCCAGAACCCGGUUAGUAAAUCGAUAAUGGCGUUGCCCAUUUCCCAGGGCGGCGAUGAGAGCGAACCCCUUGCGGUGUUGUAUCUGGAUGGACCGCCCAACGCAUUCUCGUAUCUCAAUCGUGUCGUGUUACAGCUGCUCGUCGUCCAAUUUGGAAUUAGCUACUCCAAUGCACUGACCCUCAAGGAAGUGGAACGGGUAUCCGCCAUCAACCAAGCUAUGGUAGACGUGCAGAAGAAGGCCCUAGCGGAAGCGAUGUCGGCCGAGCAAAAGGCGAACACUGCGAAGGCGGAGGCCCUGCAUCAUGCCCAGCUAGCCGAACAGGCUGCCAAGGCCAAAAGCAGCUUUCUCGCCAAUAUAUCUCAUGAGCUACGAACGCCACUCAAUGGGGUUAUUGGUAAUUCAGAGCUUCUGCUCAGCAGUCCACUGCUGGAGCAGCAAUUGGAAAUGGCAGACUCGAUUCGCAUGUCAGCGAACCUUCUUCUCACCGUGAUCAAUGACAUGCUUGACUUCUCCAAGAUUGAAGCAAAUAAGGUGCAGUUACAUAUUGUGCCCUUUGAAGUCGAUAAGAUGGUUCGGGAUGUCGUUCGCUUGAUGUCGACCAACUUCGGGAACAACCGACAGUCCAACAAUAUCCGCAUUAUUCAGGAUGUCCAAGCACCCCAAUACCGCGUAUAUGGCGACCCCAUGCGUCUGCAGCAGGUUUUAAGCAACCUAUUCGGUAACAGCCUUAAAUUCACGGAAACGGGGUCCAUCACAAUAGGAUCCAGGGUAGAUGAUGAAACUGAGGACUCAGUUCGUCUGUCCUUUUGGGUGUCCGACACUGGUAUUGGCAUCCCCGCAAACCUCAUACAGCAGUUGUUCAAGCCAUUCAUCCAAGCUGAUGCCAGUACCGCGCGCCGGUUCGGAGGCAGUGGUUUGGGACUCAGUAUCUGCAAAUCCCUCGUACAUCUGAUGGGGGGCACCAUCAAACUCAAGAGCGUUGAAAACGUCGGCACGACUGUUUUUUUCACGAUCACCUUACCGAAAAACAAUUUCGGAGGUUCAGGCACUGCUGCUCCAAUAGAAUCCACCAAAGACUCACUGUGCCUGCUCGAUAAAUCAGUCCCGAAUUCCAUGGAUCUGUCCCAAAUCCCCCGCUCACACCUUCGCAUCUGCAUCGCGGAGGAUAACCUCAUCAACCAGAAAAUCACGUUGCAGUUCCUCAAAAAGCUAGGGUUUGCCCAAGUGGAUGCCUAUAACAACGGUCUAGAAGCCGUGAACGGAAUCCAGGAGAAGGCCGGUGCCGAGCAACCGUAUCAUCUGAUAUUGAUGGAUGUUCAGAUGCCCAUAAUGGAUGGGUAUGUUGCCACCCGCCGUCUCCGCCAGGAUCCUGUAGAUGCUGUGAGGCGCAUUUUGAUUAUCGCUGUGACAGCCUCAGCGAUUGAGGGUGAUCGGGAGAAGUGUCUGGAUUCGGGGAUGAACGAUUACCUGGCGAAACCGAUUCUUCUCGCGGCGUUGAAAAACAAGCUUGAUAGAUACCUACAACCCAAUUGA